UGUACCUGGUGAGUAUGCAAUACGCAUCAUGAGCGCUGCGUCCGUGAUCAAACCAUCAGUCGAAUUGGCCGAGAAUCUUCCAUCUGGAAAACGGAAAAGGGCAUCGACCCGCAACAUGGUCAAAGGUAAAGCGAAAUGCCGGAAAGACGAGAAGGUCGAUUCUACAGGAGAGGAUAUGAAUAAAUCAGAAAGAACUGUGUCUAAGAAAAAAGUCGCCGGGAAAUCGAAGAACGCAGGGAAAGAGACAAAAUUUUCAACCAAGAGGAAGAAGAAUUUGACUACCGAAACUAACUCGCGGACACUCUUAUCUCUGUGGGCCCCGCCAACUAUCGUAGUAACAGAGACGGUGGAAGAGGUGACUGCAGAGGACACGAGAAAUGCAAAGAAGCCGACGCAAGAUGCUCAUUCACCUAUCAGAACAAGAAUCAGAACAGGUGCGAUUGUAAAUUGUUCGAAGACUCCAGCACUCGACGGUGCGAUCAACAUUGACAGUGAUGACGAUGUUAUCUUUGUUGCAGACGUUGGAGGGAAAGAGAAUCAUGAUACACAGAAACCAAAUGCACAAAAAGCAGCGGAGAAUGCACCCAUUGAUGUCGAUGCAAUUCCGGCCAUGUUUCUAACCAAGAAACAAAAGCAACAACGCGCAAUGAAAGCGAGCCAAAGGCAACUACAAAAGGAGUUGGAGGAGAGGCGGCGGACUGACGAACGUUUUAGACAAACUAUGCAUGCAUCACAAGCGGAAGGUGUAGUAGAUAUAAACAUGGCGCUCGGCAGGAAAGCGUUGCAACAGAACAGUGUGAUAGUCGAGAAAUUAAAAUACGAAAAAGGUGACAUCAUCGUCUCCAACGACACACCCGUUUUGCGACCAGCGCAAUUCCCAACGAACUCCCACAUUCGACAGUGUUCAGAGUGUGCGGCAUCUAAAGAACCAAACCCAGACGAAAGCACAGCAUUUUGUAGAACAUCAGCAAUGCAAGUGCCGCAGUUGCACUCUUACUGCUCUCUGGCUCUUCCGGAGGGGAUGGACCGGUGGCCACGACGCGACCGUACUGUAACAGUCAUACCGUGUCAGUAUAACCAAAUCACCACCGGUCGGUUUUUAAAGGCUGAACGAUGUAAAGACACAAAUCAACACCACGUGGAUCAUCCACAACCAAGAAGGAAAAUAAACUACGAUCAAGCAGUGGCUGCUGUCGCACAGGCGUAUGACUGCCCCAUACAGAGGGUCAAGCACCUAUUUAGGACUGUAAAGAAGAUGAAUGCACACAUAGAGGUGUCAGAUUCCCAGACGGAUACCAGCAAAGAUGUUAAUCAACAUAAUAUAUGGGCUCAUAUCUUCCGCCCCACACGUGUUGGUUGCAUAGUGGGCACCUCAAACAAUCGCAAUGCUCAAUACCUCCGAGCAUGGCUGAAGGAAUGGAAUGAUCCUCAGAUGGGUAAACCCAUCCCGAAAUCGCCAAAAAAACCAAAACGUAAAAAAGCGAGGCGGAAUCUCAUAGAAGAUACUCCUGAACCGGAGGACAUACUAGAGGAGGAUUUUGUCUUCGGACCAGAAUUGGAAUUUGCUCCUGACAUGUUCUACUACAAUGCAGAUGAAAUCAAAAGCAAGCGAAAUCGCAAGGAAAGCUUCAUCAACGACGGUGAAGAUCCGGGCGCAUGGAGUGACGACAGUUUCAAUGAAUGGAACAAGCCAAGUCUUACGUCAGACAGGCUGGGAGAGGUGACACUGCAUACCGUUACUGUACUUUCGGGGCCCUCUGGAUCGGGCAAAACAGCAUCUGUAUACGCCUGUGCGCAAGAGCUGGGCAUGCAAGUGAUAGAGAUCAAUGCAUCCAUGAGGCGCACUGGCAAGACCGUGAUGGAUGUGUGUAAGGAGGCAACACAGUCGCGAGUGCUAUACCAGCAAACAGGAAGUGUGGCGGAUGGGAGUAUACUUGGUGAUAUCUCCUCCAUAGUACAAAAGGAUACCAAACGAAAGCUUAAACAUGCGAUAAUACUGAUCAAGGAUGUUGACGUGGUCUUUGACAACGAGGACAAAGGCUUUUGGGACACCGUACUGGCACUCGCCAAGUCUUCCAGGAGACCCAUUGUUAUGACACUGACACCGAACCAUCAUACAGGAACAGUUCGGGAUUUGCUUCCAUUCCAAAUGCGGUACUUACCUUGCCACUACAACAGUCCCACUGUGAAAGAUUUGGGGUUGUAUUGCCAGGCUAUAUGUGCUUCUUUUGGAGUCAGUGCGAGUCCGCGACAAGUGCAGAAUCUCGUCAGAACGUCCAACAGAGACAUCCGCCGAGCGAUCAACACACUACAGUUCUGGUUCCAGCCCACUCGACACAAUGUAUUGCCCGGUACACAGAAACAUACUACGGAAACAGAUUCACCUCACAAUGUCCCAGAACAAGUACCAUAUAUAGGUAAAAUGAACGCUAAAGUUGAGGUAGAUCUCUGCGAGUCUUCGCCUGAAGUGGUGGUGGAUAGCGGAGAGGGUGGUAGAAAAGACAAAGAUCAAAACAAAGGCGGGAAGGUGUAUAUAUUUUCGAAGGCAAAGUUGAAGUCAAAGUCGAAGUCAAGGUCAGUCAAGAAUUUGAAAAAGAUAACAUUCACAUUUGGAGUAAAGGCACCAACCGAUGAUAAUUGUCGCAGCUCAGUAGAUAAUGCAAUGGCCGCGGACUCCACUGCGGAGGAAGAUGCGGCCCAGAAUGAAACACUUGUGCAAGAUUCCGCGCAGCAAUUCGAAUACGGCAAGGAUGGAUUCGCCGAGCGAUUGACAUCGCUCAAAUGUCGCCAAUCACAGGAUCUUUUCGCUCCCGAUGACGACAUCUGGCGCACUAUGUGCCGCGAUUUUCAUUCUGAACACAAUAGCCCGAGACCUUUUUGGAAAAGUUUGUAUACUGUGUUGGACACAGCGGCAGAAUCCGUAUCUUCCAAUCCAGCUGUUCAGUGUAAAGGCAUACAACGCGAUACAACACUCGACGACCUGUGCGCAAUGAUGGAUUGUGUGUCCGAGUGCGACACUUUGGUCACACCAGAGGGACUUAGGCACCCCUGGAUGCACACCAUUCUCGAUUACGAUAUCGAUAACUGUGCGAGCGGAACAAGUGAAGGCAGCAAUUCUGGCAGUAGUGCCAUAGAUCCUACCGCAGGCUCUGCCGUCAAUUUGUGGGUGGAGCCAGAGCGCGUUGAGGAGCUCCGCGAACAUGUGGACAGUGAAAUGAUGAUAGAUUCUGCCCUCAUCCAGUGCGCAAAAUGGACGUACAGUCGUGUCACACACUCAAAGACCCUUGGAAAUUCAGAAAAAACGGAGGAUUUUUUGGUCUCCAAAACAGUCGACAGCUUGAAGGAUCAUCGCAACGAAGUCCUCGAGUGCCUGAAUAUUGUGGGUGCUGAUUGUUACCGCCUAGAUCGUGCGGUUCUGACUUCUGAAUACGAGUGCGCCCUGCGGUCUAUGGGACUUGUUGAUCUGCUGGAUCAAAACAAUAAGGAGAGGCAAUCACGCAGAUGGACGCCACAUCUGGGUAAACUGGGGCUGUCACUUUGCCAGAUGGUCACUAUAGCGAAGCCCAGAUUUGCGAUACCAGACGACAUCGACUUCAUGGAUAGUACUAUAAACGAUACCGAUGCUAUGGAAGAGAAUAUGGAGAUUGAUUCAUCUGCUCGAGAAGGUGGUUCUAUCCAGGAAGACAGUCCACAGAAUGACGUCACUUCACCUGUACACGAAUAUACGAACAGUGACGAGAAUAGUACUGCUCAUAAAGGUGUUUCAUCUCGAGGAGAUAUUCAAGAAGGAGCCGCUUCAGAGGAUGUGCCUAGUACUGAUCAUGGAGGAGUUCAAGGAGAAGACAGCACUCGUCCAGUUGAUACAAGGAUGGAUGUUUCUCUCCCCAAGGGCUCCGGAUCUGAAGUGGAUGCUAAAACUCGUGACGAUGCCUCUACUCCUGGAAAUUUAAUCACGCACGAGAUAGCCAAUACUGAUAACGAGAUCCCUGCUAAGUAGUCUGCACUAAUUCAAUAAAGUAUAAUCUUAAUCGC